CAGAAGAUAAGAUAACAAACAGCAAUUAUCUUAUCUUAACUUAACCUUAUUAUUAACAGAUUAUUGUAAAAAUGAUAAGCAGUUAGUUACGGACGGUGUAAGGCCUGUUACUUUUAAUUUUUUUCUCGUGCAUAAUAGUUAACUGAAUUUAUAAUUUUUUAAAGAUUUAGAUGAAACAUUUGGUUUUGGAUAUUGUAUUGUAUUGUACUAAUUGCAUUUCAGUUUUAAGAAAUUGGUCUAUUAUAGCCUAACUCUAACCUAAAAGGCUAUCAUUUGAUCUGUUCACUGUUUUUAAAACUAACUAAAUGUCACUUUUGAAAAUGUGUGACAGUGAUGUUCGCCAGGCAUUAAAAUGCAUACUAAGCAAAGUAGAAUCUGCAUACCAGAAUAAAAUACAGGGUCUACCGGAUAUAAAACCCAGAUUAGUGGCAGUGAGUAAAACUAAACCAAAGGAGCUAAUAUUUGCUGCAUAUGAUUGUGGUCAGAGACACUUUGGUGAAAACUAUGUUCAAGAGUUGGUUGAGAAAAGUAAUGAUGCAGAGCUUUUAGAAAAAUGUAAGGAAAUUAAAUGGCAUUUCAUUGGUAACUUACAAACAAACAAAGUUAACAAAAUUGUUUCUAUUCCUGGAAUUUUUGUUGUUGAAACUGUUGAUUCAAAAAAGCUUGCAACUUUACUCGACAAAGCUUGGGAUAGAAAAGAUCCAAAGGACCAAGAAAGGCUCAACAUUAUGAUCCAGAUAAAUACAAGUGGAGAAGAAGCCAAAAACGGGGCACCGCCUUCAGAAGCAGCUUCUCUAGCCAAACAUGUGGUUACAAAUUGUCCCAAUUUGAACAUAUUGGGUCUAAUGACAAUUGGAAGAUUCGAUCAUGACCUUACACAAGGGCCGAAUCCGGAUUUCCAGGUUCUUAUUAAGUGCCGAGAGGAUGUUGCAAAAGCUCUGAAUAGAAAUGUAGCUGAAUUUGAGCUUUCAAUGGGCAUGUCAAAUGACUUUGAACAUGCAAUAGAAGUAGGAAGUACCAAUGUAAGAGUAGGCUCAUCAAUAUUUGGUGCCAGACAGUACAAUAAACCAGCUGAAAAUUCUGUUGACAAGCUUGCAGAUCAGGUCGCAACGACUAACAUAGGCUAACUGUGGCUAGUUGGCCUUUUAACAAUGGAAGUGACAAGGGUUAAAAGCAAAUUAAAUUUUACUUUGCAAAAAAGAUAGUAAGGUCUUCCAUUAAACUACUUUACCUCAUUAAUAGGACGGUACAGUAGAGUCCCGCAAACUUGGAACUCGAUAACCCGGCAGUCUGGAUAACUCUACCAUCACCUGGAUCAGAAAAAGAAUAAUAUUUUGAGUCCGAGUUAAACAUGGACUCAAGCCAGCUCAAGUAAAAUCAUUCACAACUCGUACCAAGGAUUUUUUGUACUAUAUCUGAUGACGUUAUACUGACUUGUAAUAUUAAAAAAGGAGGUUAAAAAGCUUAAAAA